AUGGCGGCGACAGGUGAUACUCCCCGCAAGCUUUGGGAGCAUCCCAGCCCUCAGUCAACGCGAAUGGGACUCUUCAAAUCCAAGAUAGAAAAAUCCAAGGGCGUCAAGUUUUCUAACUAUGAUGCUCUCUAUCAAUGGUCGAUACAGAAUCGCUCCGCAUUCUGGGGCAACGUCUGGGAAGAACUUCCUCUAAUCCACGAAGGAAAUUACACAAGCAUUGUCGAUGAAUCGGCCCCCAUCCAAACAAACCCAGACUGGUUCUCAGGCGUACGGAUCAACUUCGCAGAGAACAUCCUCUUCAGUACACCGAGCUACGCAGAUGCAAAAGCCGGGGUACGCUCGAUAGCCGGAAAGGAAGAUUCCAAGAUUGCUAUUCACGAGGUUGUAGAAAGCAAUUUUCAACCACCUAAGAAUUAUACAUGGGGAGAGCUAAGGCAGCAAGUUGGACUCUAUACGCAGGCUCUCAAAGCUGCAGGAGUUCGACGUGGAGAUCGAGUUGCCGUUGUGACGGGAAAUAAUAUCAAUUGCUUGCUACUUUUUCUCGCGACGACUGCUUUAGGCGCUCUGGUAUCGACAACUUCGUCUGAUACCGGCACAAAAGGAAUCUUGGAUCGUUUAACGCAGGUUGAACCGAUUCUACUUUUCAUGGACGAUGCAGCCGUCUACAAGAGCCAGAUAGUUGAUCUGCGUGAUAAGAUGACGGAAGUGGUUAACGGAAUGCAUGCGAUAUCUGGGUUCAAAGGCGCUGUUGCGUUGCCCAGGUUGCGCGGACAGCCUAGAGAUAUCACGUCUGUGCCACGUACACAACCUCUAAAGGAUUUUCUGUCAAAAGCGCCUUCCAACAAAUUGGAGUUUGUCCGUGUAGGGUUUCGUGACCCGUUCAUGAUUGUGUACUCGUCCGGCACCACGGGUCAGCCCAAAUGCAUCGUUCAUUCGACCGGAGGGGUCUUGAUCAAUAUAGUCAAGGAGGCGAUAUUGCAUCGAGACAUGAAUACAAACAGCGUAAUGUUGCAGUAUACAACUACCGGGUGGAUCAUGUAUCUGACAUCAGUGGCUUCCCUACUCACUGGAUCCAAAGUUAUUCUAUACGAUGGCAGCCCCUUCGCUCCAGAUGCCAGUUUUCUGAUCCGUCUAGCUGGAGAGCAAAGGGUGACACACUUUGGUAUCUCGCCUCGUUACCUACAAGAAUUGCGGAAGCAAAAAAUCCAACCCCGAAAAAUCGCCGAUCUGAGCAAUCUCUAUAUAGUCUCAAGUACUGGCAUGGUUCUAGCCGAUUCACUAUUUGAGUGGUUUUACGACGAGGGUUUCCCAUCCCACGCACACCUUGGUAAUAUCUCUGGGGGAACUGAUAUUGCAGCUUGUUUUGCGAUGGACAACCCGCUCAGCCCAUUAUAUGUUGGCGGAUGCCAAGGCGGUGGAUUGGGUGUUCCCAUUGCAGUAUAUGAACAAGUAGAUGAAGGCCUGGAAGGUGUCGACGGCAAAGCUCUUCCAGAUGGUGAGUCUGGUGAGUUGGUUGCGACGGCUGCAUUCCCCAGUACUCCAGUGACGUUCUGGGGCAAGGAUGGGCCGAAGAAGUAUUUCAAUGCUUAUUAUGCCAAAUUUAACAAUGUAUGGACACAUGGAGAUUUCAUCACCAUCCACCCCGUCACCAAGCAAGUUAUAUUCUCCGGUCGAUCAGACGGUGUCCUCAAUCCAUCUGGAAUUCGCUUUGGAUCAGCAGAGAUAUACAACGUUCUCGAGACACAAUUCGCGUCCGAAGUAAUGGAAUCCGUUUGCGUGGGACAGAGACGACCACAAGAUCUAGACGAAUCGGUCUUUCUCUUCGUUCAGAUGCAACCAGACCGUGAGUUUACCGAAGCUCUUGUGCAACGCAUACGAGAUGCAAUUCGCAAAGCACUUAGUCCGCGACACGUACCUAAAUACAUUUUUGAAACGCCAGAAAUUCCGGCAACCAUUACUGGUAAAAAGGUCGAACUUCCUGUGAAAUCAAUUGUAUCUGGAAAACGCAUCAAACCAUCGGGCACACUGGCAAAUCCUCGGAGUCUGGAUUUCUACUACCAAUUCGCCGAAGUAGAGAAACUGGGCAAGGUACGAGCCAAGUUGUAA